AUGAUGUUCCAAAUGCCGCGAUCAUCAGGCGGCAGCAACCUCGGACGGACAAAAAACAUCCUGCAUUGCAUACAAGGAUUCACUAUCUUCAUCGCAUGGGCCUUAACCAUCGCUAUCUGGACAAAAGGUGAUGGCAUCGAUGGCCGAACAGGCUGGUACUGGGGUCUGUGCUGGCUGAGUAUUCCCGGCCUGAUUUACCUAGUCGCAGUGCCUAUGUGGCCCCGAGCCCGCCGCUUCGGCAACGUAUACGCAUUCGCCAGUGUCGACGUCCUCUACUCCAUCCUCUGGGCCAGCGCCUGGAUCUGUCUCGCUUCAUACGUGGCCCAGGGUAAAUCCAAGGGUUCCUCAAGCACUGAUUCGAAAUCCGACUCGAAAUCCGACUCGAAAUCCGCCACCAAGCGAGCCACUGAUACCUCUACCAAGACCGGCUGCGACAACUGGGCAUACGGAAACGCGGCAAAGUGCAAGCUUAGCGAAGCAACCACAAUCAUCGGCGUCUUCAUCUUUAUCCUCUUCGCCAUAACAGCCUUCAUUUCCUUCCGCAACGUAAUGCACUUCCGCCGCACGGGAACCCUUCCCGAUGCAGUCUCGGAUCCCACUUUCGCGGCCCAAAGCAAAGCCGCCUUCUCCUCAAACCCAGCCCACGACUUCGAAGAAGACGAAGACGACUUCCGCUCCGGCCGCGGCGGAAUGGGCGCCUCCUCCCGCGGCGACCAAGAUGAGGACUACGCCCUGCUGCAGCAGAGCGAGAUUGACGAUCUAGGCCAUAGCGGCCGGUCCGCAAUGCAAGGCGCAUACGACCCCACUGCGCCUGCACCGGGCGGUCUCCACGAUUACAACACUACCGGGUAUGGUGGUGCGCAUGGCCAGCACUAUAAUCCUGCGCCUGGGGAUCAGUUUGCGAAUGUUGAGUAUACUCCCUCGGAGUAUACUGCUCCCUCUGGGUUCGGGGGAUCGUCGGUUGCUGGAGGGUAUGGGAGGCGGCCUAGUUAA